AUGCUGUUUAUCAACCAUCAUAAAACCAAGAAGAAGAAGAAGAAGAAGAAGAAGAAGAAGAAGAAGAAGAAGAAGAAGAAGAAGAAGAAGAAGAAGAAGAAGAAGAAGAAGAAGAAGAAGAAGAAGAAGAAGAAGAAGAAGAAGAAGAAGAAGAAGAAGAAGAAGAAGAAGAAGAAGAAGAAGAAGAAGAAGAAGAAGAAGAAGAAGAAGAAGAAGAAGAAGAAGAAGAAGCAGCAGCAGCAGAAGAAGAAGAAGAAGAAGAAGAAGAAGAAGAAGAGUCGUCGUCGUCGUCGUCGUUCUGUUUGUCUCAGUGAGACACCGUAUACUAAAGGUCAGCGUGGGACGGAAAGCAGCAGGCAAAUGGCAACCAACUUGGUGAAGCUAUCAGGUCUGCUCAGACCAGCGCUGGGUGGUCUGGCGAAGGUUUGUGUUUACCGGGAUGCGACCAUAGCGGCUCCGCUGACCCGCCUCUUCUCCACUCUGCGUCUGGGGCGGGAAGUUCCGAAUAUAGCACGAGUCCGCCCAUUCUGGACCCAGGUGUCACCGUCUGACCUCAAUUUCGCGCCCUGCCACAGUAUUUUCCAACGGAUACAGCCCCUGCUGCCCAGCUUGGCACUACAUCCUGUCAGAAGCCUGACCUACUACAGUGUAAAGCGAGGGAAGAGGAAGACUGUGAAGGCGGUGGUGAAGCGGUUCCUGCGUCUGCAUUGUGGCUUGUGGUUGAGGAGAAAGUCUGGAUACAAGAAGAAAUUGUGGAAAAAGUUGCCAGCCAGGAGAACGCGCCUGAGGCAGCACGUGUUCUGCAACAGAACGCAGACCAAACUUCUAGACAAAAUGACCACAUCUUUCUGGAAAAGGAGGAACUGGUACCUCAAUGAUCCCUAUCAGAAGUACCACGAUCGUACCAACCUCAAAGUGUAAAAUACUCAAUAACCCUUAUUAGAAAUAUUAUGAUUAUACUGAUCUCAAAAUGUGAAGGACUUACAAAUGCUCCUGAACUCUGCAGGCUCCAGAAAGCCAAGAGACAUCCCUUCUGUUGCAUUGAACAUUGUAAUAAAUUAACAAAGUGGCUUUUCAUCCUA